AGGCCGUGGUAUGUGUUAUCAUGUCUGUCCCGUGUGGAAUGGCGCGUAUAAUAUAGCGGGAUUCCUCCCUGAGACUCUAUGUCAAAAUUACCAAAUGUGCUCUAGUGGUGUCGUUAAACAAAUUCACCUUCCAGCUGAUUGCCCUUGACACACACCUCGGCUAUAUUAUAUGUCCUGUCUGUUCAGAACAGUGGGUCAAUAAUUCCAUUUCAGUGGUUAAGCCAUUAACACUCACUCUGAGCCAAUACCGAGUCGCGAACCCAGUACCUAUCGACCUUAAGGCCGAAUACCUCAACCACUACACCCGCUCGCUCUUUUGUUAGUUCGACUAGCUCUGAUAACCCCUCAGAGUGCACGUUUACGUAAUCCGACCCACUUCGCCUGGUAGAGGACACGCAUUGAAAUUUUUAAAUAUUGCUGUUUGUUUUUAAAGUGUAAAAUAGUUAUAGAUUAACAUUUCAAGCAUGUCCAACUUGGAUCACGUAGAUCGAUCGUCUAGUACAGUAUCCUCUUCUGUGAUAUUAGUCCUAUUGUUGGGAUACGUGUCAGGUCUGGAAAUCGCUCUACACGGAUCGCCGCCAGCUGUUGUUGUUGGGUCGUCCUACAGGCUGAGCUGUCUAAUCCCCGACACCGACAACACCACGGGGGACAGUACUUUCUUCAGGGGAGUCACUGCCAUGUGUUUCCUUAGGCAGUCUCCUGGUGGAUGUAGAACGGGAUCCAUUCACUGGCCGGGAUAUAGCUGCGACUGCCCUUCGGUAGCCAGUCAGCGGCGAGUUUACACAUUGAAUAUAUCAAGCCUCAAUGAGGUGGAUGGAAAGCGUUGGGGAUGUCUAUAUCGACGCGUUAAUUCCAACUUCGUAACAAUACCAGUUCGUUAUCCACCUUCUGUGACGUCAUUCACAAUAAACGCGCGGUCCGACUCUGUGACGACCGUUAAAGAGGGCGCACCUGUUAGUCUGACUUGUGACGUAAGAAGUGACCCGGUUUCAACUGUCCAAUUAACGAAAGGAUCACAGAAGUUGUAUGACCCACGGCAGUCAGGAGCUGAGUACAACUGGACAGCUGGGUGUCUGGACUCCGGGGAGUACACGUGCACUGCAGACAAUGGCAUACAGCCGUCCGACAGCAGGACUCUAAACAUGGCCGUCAAAUGUUCGCCACGAUUGGAUCAUCGGCAUGUCAAUCAAGCACUCAUGCACCUGGCGCAUGUCAAGGACAACGUAACGCUACGUGUGUUUACGAUAGCCAAUCCGCGGCCGAUAUUCAAGUGGAGAAAGUUGCAUAAUAACGUAGAGUACCGCCUUGCGUCGAGCGCGCCCACGACAUCAACGACCUCGACAGCAGUGGGCGAAUACACCCUCGUGAACGUCAACGACAGCGGCGCCUACAGAGUGUACGUGUACAACGGCGUAGAGUCUCCUCUGGUGGUAGACUUCACGGUGUCGGUGGUGGAGCAAGAUACAAAUACUGAAGAAAAACAGACACCCUUGGACUACGACGACGUGGCUAUAUCUGAAUCAUCCACGAUGUACUGGGUCAUUCCAUCUACUUUUGUCUUCGUCUUCUGCGUCGCCAUUGUUGUUGUCGUGUAUCGACGUUCACGUAACAAUAAAGAAAUUAAUACCGACCAAAGCAACUCGGGACACGAAUACAACGAACCCUACGAGAUAGAUUCUCUCCAUCUUCCGGCUCCAGCCGUGGGUAUCAGCCAGCCAGCUCACGUCUACGAUCACCUUGGAUCACGACAGAGGUCAGACUACCGGUCUCUGGACAGGCUAACUCGUGUCAGAUGUCAAACAGAUGGCGAGGACACCAAUCCGACCAGGAUGCCAAUCCCUUGUGGAGAUACCAGACGGAAGCCAAGCUAUCGGGCGCUAGUUUAUGGUCAAGAUGCCAGGCGAAGUUUGUGGAAUCCAUCUUGGCUCCCAAAUGUUGCUGAAUACGAGAGGAAUUCGGUUCAGGUGCCAUUUCUUGAUGAAAAUGUCGGAUGGAAUACAAGGAAUCCAUCGUGGGUGCUAUUUCGUGAGGAAGAUGUCAGGCCAAUGUCAUGGAAUCCAGCUAGGAUGUAACCGCUUGAUAACAAUAUCAGCUAACGUGAACCAGUGUAAACACCGGAAUAGGCAGGCUUCGUUCACUUGGACAGUUUGUGAAAGAAUCACAAAGAUUGGUUUUCCCCGACCACAUGGGUAUUCAAUGAUGUGCGUACAAGACACACAUAGAGAAGAAACCGGUGAUGUUAAGCAUAUCAAAGAGAUAAGGAAUAACCAGAUACUAAUAGCAUGUAAUAAAACAAGAUACAGAACAAUGAG